AUGGAUCCGAGGCCUCAUCUGUUGAGAACCUCCUUUGCGGAUGCGAGAAGCUUUCAGAUCGUGAAGCUGUUCGAAUGCCAACGACAGCCUGUCGGGGAGAAGCUCAGCAGGUGCUGUCCGUCAGGUUGACCGUCUGCGCAAUGGACGACAACAGACAAAACGAGGAACCCCGCCUCUCCGGCCAAGCACCAUCAAUUUCAGAUAGCCCGAACAACUCUAACCGCGGCAGGACAUACUGGGAACAAGCCAAUGCUGAUAUCAAUGGAAUGCUUGGCGGCGUUCCGGCCAUUGGGGGGUUCAGUUCUGUUUCCAGAAUUGAUCUUCAAGGGUCUCGCACGUUUUUAGCAAGGCUCGGCAUAGGUGUCAAGUGUGGCCGGAAGCCCGUCAUUAACGCCGUCGACGGCGGUGCAGGAAUAGGGAGAGUCACGGAGGGCUUGUUGCUCCGCAUAGCCGAGCAUGUCGACAUUGUUGAGCCCGUGUCCAAAUUUACCGACCACCUAAAGGGGACAACAGGAGUGCGGACCAUAUUUAAUGUCGGGCUAGAGGACUGGCAGCCCGAGAAAGGGAUCGAAUACGAUCUGAUCUGGACACAGUGGUGCUUGGGCCAUCUGCAGGACAGCCAACUGAUAGAAUACCUCAAGCUUUGCAAGACCGUGCUAAGGCCAGACAGUGGCGUAAUGGUCAUCAAGGAGAACCUCAGUACCGGCAGCGUCGAUAUGUUCGAUGAUACAGAUGGUAGCGUCACAAGGCGAGAUGAGACGUUUCGGCGUCUCUUUGAAGCGGCGGAACUGAAGCUGGUGAAGACGGAGCUACAGCGCGGAUUCCCCGAAAUCCCACCGAGGAGGCUUCUCCCAGUGAGGAUGUAUGCGCUCAAACCCUGAAAUGUCUCAAGAACUCCGGCGGCUACAAUAAUAUUCGAAAAGUCAGACGUGAGCCCCCAAUUAGGGCAUCUCGAUACACCUCGCAGCAGCUCGGCGUUAUGAACAAGUGAGACUCCACGGGGAAACGGCGACAUGUUGCUUAUCAGACGAACUUUGGUUGCAGAGACCCAUUUUAGCCGGAUGGCCUGCUUCCCGAAUCUAUACAUUGAACAGGAGCAGGGAUGUCCAAAAGCCCAGGGGCAAAUUCAGUGAAUGGUGAAGAGAGGCCGG